AUGGCUUCUCCCCGCCCCAACUUCGGUGCUCAAGGCUACCCGAUUUCGAAUGGUGCGGCUGCGGGCCCUGUCCCCGGUGCUACGCCGCUGCUCCCCAACAAUGGCCGUGUGAUUCAGAGCGGUCCGACACGAAUCUUGUGCAUCGCAGACGUCCGAGGCAACUUGAAGUCUCUUAACGAGCUUGCGAAGCAGGCCCGCGCCGACCACAUCAUUCACACAGGUGACUUUGGUUUCUACGAUGAUACUUCUCUCGAGCGAAUUGCAGACAAGACAUUGAAGCAUGUCGCACAAUAUUCUCCCCUCCUACCCGAGAACGUGAAACGAUCUAUCGCACAGGUAUCUCCCCAGCAGUCAAUUAAGCAGCGCUUCCCGCCUGACCAGCUGCCCCUCUCUGAGCUCUCCAUGCUUCUCGACAAGCGCAUCACCCUUGAUGUCCCAGUUUACACAGUAUGGGGUGCCUGCGAAGAUGUGCGCGUGUUGGAGAAGUUCCGUUCAGGGGAGUACAAGGUUGAUAAGCUUCACAUUAUCGACGAGGCCAACUCGCGUCUUCUCGAUAUUGGCGGUGUGAAACUCCGUCUUCUCGGCUUGGGAGGUGCCGUCGUGAUGCAUAAGCUUUUCGACAACGGUGAAGGAAAGACAACUAUUGCCGGCGGUCAAGGUACUAUGUGGACAACGCUUUUGCAGAUGGGAGAACUUAUUGACACCGCCAACCGUGUCUACGACCCCUCCGAGACUCGUGUCUUCGUUACCCAUGCUUCACCUGCUCGCGAGGGCAUGCUGAACCAGCUAUCCGUUACACUCAAGGCAGACUUUUCCAUUUCGGCUGGUCUCCAUUUCCGGUAUGGAUCCUCGUACAAUGAGUUCUCCGUGAACCCGUCUUUGGACCACUAUCGCGGCAAGCUUGCUGCCUCCAAGGCAUCAUUCAACGAUGUUUGGGAGACCGUUAAAACCGAGGUUGAGGCCGCCAUUUCCUCUAAUGAUGGCCAGAAGACCCUUUUAGAGAAUGCCCUUGAUGUUGUCCACAAGAUGCCUUCCAUUGCCAAUGGCGGUAAUCCGUUCGGUGGCCCUGUUGCCGCUGGUAAUGCUGCUGGUCAGGUUGACGAAAGUGCAUUCAAGAAUAUGUGGAACUUUAACUUGGCGGAUGCCGCGUUCGGAUAUCUCGUACUGGAGGUUGAAGCUGGCCGCAUCGCGACGGAGAUGCGGGCUCAAGGAUUCAACUUCGCGCACCGCACUGGCAAACCCCAGGCAGGUGGUGCUCCUCAACCUGUCUCCAGCGGUCUCCCAGCGACCACUGCUUCACCCGCUCCAACUGGCGCUGCCCGAACCCCCGUCGUGGCUCCCCAGUUCGGCCAAGCUCCUCCCGCGCGUGCACCCAUUCCUCAGGGCCAGAAGGGACCCCGGGCCUCCCCCGUCCCUGUGAUUCCCAAGUCCAUUAGUCCGCAGCCAGCUGUUGUCGCCUCUGCUCAGCCCGCUGGGGAAGAAAAGAUCGCAGUUGUCGACACUAACGGUACCACGCCGCACGAAAAGCCAAGUGAAUCACCUGCACCUCGGGCCGAGAAGAAGCCCGCCAAUGCUCUUUUCGUAACCAGCGCGGAAAGCGAACAGGCUGUCCGUGACCUCAUCUCCGAGGAAGACAGAUCGAAGAUUACCAAGAUCGAUAAGCUUGGCAAGUACAACCAUGUUGUGACAUUCUCGGGCCCUGAAGAGGCCAAGGCGGCUAUGGACCACCUUCCUAUCGAGCUGAAGAAGCCCGGACCCACCCCCCAUGGUCAGCAACGUAAGCCCAACUUCAAGUUCUUCGAGGACCGUGGACCCCGUGCUGCCGUCGGUAACGCCGGAACUUGGCAGUCCAGCACCCGGGGAGGCAUCACUACCGCCCCGCGUGGUUAUCAGAGCGCCAGUGACAGCGACGGCAGCCGCCGUGGUGGAUUCGGUGGUCGUGGCCGCGGCGGCCGUGGCAGUGGCGAGCGUGGUCGUGGUGGUCGUGGGGGAGGUCGGGGUGGCUUCAAGAGCGGCCCAAAUGAAUCUUCUGCCCCCUCAGGUGAUAAGCCCGUCGCAUCCGGUGACGCCUAA